CUUUGCAUUUUUCUCAAGUGUUAAAUUCUGCUUCAUAUUGCUUGGGGAUCUUGUUAGUCAAUUUCCUUUCUUGCACUAUUUUCAAGAAAUGAUAAUCUUUUCAAAAAUAGUUAUUUUGAUUGCAUUACUGAUGUCUUGAACUUUAAACUCAAUGUUAUCGGAUGUUGCGGAGAUAGAGAGAUUGUUCCUGAAAGAUUGUAGGGUUCGUUUGAUUGGGAACAUGUAUCCUGUGAUUAAUUAUCUCGGGAUGAGUUAUUCCACCAUGUAUAUUGGAUAAGUUAUCCCAUCAGUAUGUCAAAAAUGGUGGGGAUAAAUAAUCCAAGGACUACCUAAUACCUCCAACCAGACGUGGGAUAAAAUAAUCCUACAUUUUAUUCUGGGAUUAUUAUAGCUAAUACCUCACACCAAACGACUCCGUAGAGUCUUUAAUGAAGGGCAAAAAAGUUCAAUAAACGUUUCUAAGUACCUUCGUGCUUUAAUAUGAUAUAGAUAAAGAUUGUGAGAUAAGGUAAUACUUGAUGAAAUAAAAUUUGUAAUGAUAAUGUUUGUAGAUAAUAUUGAUUUAAAAUUCACUUAUAUAAGCGGAUCACAUCUUCUCGUAAAUGAAAUAAUUUAUCAGCAUUUUAAGUAGGUGUCUUAAUUCUAAAUUGUUUUAUCUUUUUAGAAUUUGUAUUUAACUUUUUGCACCAAAAGAGUUGAUGAAUAAUGCUUGCUUAAAGGGAAAAACUGUCGAUCAACUUUUGAUGGUUGUUUCGUCUUUCAACUUUUACCUUUGAGGCUUCCCACUUAUAGAAUAAUAUAGUAUAGUAUAUAUGAUUAUAUGAUAUAGAUAUAAAUAUAUAAUAGAGGGAUCAUAAACACAAUUCUGCAAUAGCAUAAGUGCUAAAUUUGCUAUUUCCCCAAACUUGGAGCUUUCACUAUAAGAAGGGAAAAACAUUAAACCUAGUCUCCAACUUCAAGAGUUAUAGUUGCUGCAACUCAAAUGGAAUCCAGAGGCGAUGAAGUCAUCCCUCGACACCCUAAACGGAGCAAACCCACAAAUCCUGCCCAUUUUUCGUCCAUUUUAAGCCAAGAUUCAGUCUUGCCAAUGCCUAACCUUCCUACAGAACUCAUCCUAGAAAUCUUGUUAAAGCUUCCGGUGAAAUCCCUAUUGCAAUUUAGAUCUGUUUCGAAAUCUUGGCUUUCCUUAAUCUCUAGCCCUGAAUUUGUGAAGGCUCAUCUCUCUUCAUCCGCUAGUAACAAGAACUACACCCACCAUGGAGUUAUGGUUAAGGUUUCUACUAAAUCUGUCUUCGUUGUUAAGGAUUGUUCUCUUAGGUCUUUGCUUUACCAUCCUGUAACGGAGGCAUUUGACUUGGAUUAUCCCGGUAAAAGUCCCAAUCAUUAUCUUUGGUUUGUGGGUGUUGUCAAUGGAUUGAUUUGUUUUUCCAUCCGUCUAUUUGACAGAUUGUACGACUUGUUUCUAUGGAAUCCAUCAAUUAGAAAGUAUAAGAAAUUGCCUAAUUUUAGACUUGAUGUAAGUCGCCGUUACUAUUUGGAUGGACAUGUUAAUUUCAAAUUUGGUUUUGCAUACAAUGAGUUGCAAGAUGAUUACAAGGUAGUGGGUAUUUUUCCUAUUUAUACAAGGGGACACUUGAGUCGUGUUGAGGUCAAAAUAUAUAGUCUUAAGAGGGAUUCUUGGAGAUGCAUUGAUGAUUUUCGACGUCAAGAGCUCUUGGCUGGUUCUGCUAAGUUUGUCAAUGGGAAACUUCAUUGGCUUGACAAGCAAUGGAACAUCAUUUCUAUUGAUUUGGCUGAUGAGAAAUGGGCAGAGCUAGAGCGACCAUCCUGUUUUAAACAAUAUGUAUUUUUGAAGCUAGGAGUGUUAGGGGGUGAUCUUUCUGCAUCUUAUAUUUAUGCAUCGAGUCAUGCAGAUGUCUGGGUUAUGAAGGAGUAUGGGGUAAAAGAAUCUUGGACUAAGAUAUUUACCACCAAGUCUCCUGGUUAUCCUAUGACACAUCCAUUGCAUCCAACCAUUUUAAUGUCAAAUGAAGGUGAACUUUUGUGCAUGUUUGGAGGUCGCUUGAUGAAAUACAAUACAAAGGAUAACAUGAUCAGCUAUCUAGAUGUUACCAACUUUGGUCCAUGUCUUGAGGCAGAAAUCUAUGUUGAGAGCCUAAUUUGUCCCUUUCCACAGCAGGGAUAACGAAUGCCACAACAACGGAGGCUGAAAUUAUUCAGAUGAAGACAAUUGUGUGACUAAUAACCUUAAUAUUGAUGAAAACAAGUAUCCAUUAGGAGGUGAACUCACUGAAGCCAAGCAUGCAAAUAUACAAUCAAGCAAGUCCUUAUGAAAAAGUUAUGUCAAGAGUUUAACGCACAUGCAUCGACUUAUAGUGGUUUCUAUUUGUUGAUUUGCAUCCCAUGCGAGCCAUUAGAUUGAGGAACCAAGGGAGAUAAGGCGCAGGCCACGACAACUUAGAUGUAUUAUAGUGGAACUGUAUGAAGCAAAUAAAAAUAGGUCGAAAUGUGUGCAUGUGGAAAUUCUUGCAAGCUAAGGGGCAUUGUUUGUGUAAACCUCCUAGCAGAACUAUUUGCUUGUGACUUGUUCUUGGCUGCUGUUUUGGUAUUAAUUAACUUUAUUUGAAAGUGCAAAGAAAAUUGUAUUAGUAGUACUUGAGUUGUUGAAUUGGUAUUGUGAGAUAAGA